AUGGCGAGUGCCCUAGUCGUACUACCUCAAGCUCCAGAGCCAACUUCACCGCCGGAAAUCCAAGAUAUCGCUCAAAUCUAUGCACGCGAAGAACACCAUAUCACCGAAACCAUUGUGGCUGUCGUAGCUGCAAACAACAGUUGUGGCGACUACUACCCAGGAACUACCCUACGAAUGACAUGCGGUACAGGACGGAAAUGUAUGUAUGAAACUGAAAAGUACGGGAUCCAGUUUUGCGAGGAUAGACCAUUCUGGACAAACUGUAUCGGCAGCAGAGAAGCUUUGAACACGGAAAGCUGUGAUGAAGAUUGCAGACGAAACACCAAUAUCCGAAAAUGCACAUAUGAAGAAGAAGCAGAAUGCUUUACCAUUUACUACCCAAGCAACAUCAAAGGCUUCUACUGCGCCUCAACGUCCGGCUAUACUAGUGCCGUCUUGAACGAAGAAGGCACCUCACUAUCAACCUUAGAAGUACCUAUCUACGCAGCAGAGGCUACUACCGAAUCGAGUACAGAGACUUCAGGAUCCGAGACUUCAAAUGAAGCAACUUCGACAGAACCGACUUCAACCUCCACCAACGAGUCCCAGAACGAAGGAGGCGGGGAGAGCAAAACCAACGUAGGAGCUAUUGCAGGUGGAGUAGUUGGUGGAGUAGUUGGUCUUGCUGGUCUAGGACUUCUCGCAUUCUUCCUCCGCCGCAGAAGCAAGAACAAGAAACAACAAACUAUACCAGAGAUGUCGGCCCAGAACUCGCCUCAACCUUAUGGAGUGGACGCAGGUCAAGCCUGGAAGCAAUCUGCUUCUCCUCUUCAACAUUCAUCACCACAAGUCCCAGUCGAGGCUCCGAAUUCAAGUGCGGCGCAGGUUCAUGAGAUGGACGGGAACGGAAAUAGGCAGUAA